AUGCCCCGGGGCCGCCUGGGGCCUGGGGAGGGGGUGCGGCGCGCGGACCAGAAUCCCCGAGAUGGCGGGGACCCCGCUUCUCCACGCCCCGAGUCGUCUCUUCCUGGGGAAACUGAGGCGGGAGGGGGGGGGGGUGACUGGUUCAAGGUCACCGCGCCGGGCCGGGCCGAGCCGCCGGCUGCGGGGCCGCGGGGCCGGCGCGGGGCUGCGGGCCGGGCCCCGCCCUCCGGCCGACCCCAGGGAGCCCCCGGGGUCAGAGAGCAGACCCAAACAGUCUGGCACCAUGGCAACGCCGGCCCCGCCCCGCGCCCCGCCGCCCGGGCUCCCGCCGCGGCGGGCGGCGCGCACGGCGGGUUCGGGCCCCGCCCGGCCCGGCCCGCGGAGCCCGGCGGGUUCGGCUCCCCGCCCCCCCGGGGCGCCGGCCCGGGUUCCCCCGGGGGCCGCCGCCGCCGCUGUCCACGGCGCGGGCCCGAGCCCCGCCACAGGCCCGGACGCCGCCCGGCCCGGCUCCGGCCACCCUUGACCCCGCGGCCCGGGCCUCCCGGCCGUGUUAACCCCCGCGCCCCCGGCGCGCCCCGCCGUCCCCCGCCCGGAGCCCCGGCGACACCCGCCUCGCGGGCCGCGAGCCCCGAACCCGGGCCCCGGCAGCACCGGUCCCUCCCCCCCGACGUCCUCCCCCUCCCCCCCCCGCGCGGUCCCCGCAGACUCACUGCUCCGCCGCUCCCGCGUCGGGGACCGGGGUCCCGGCGCCCCCGGCCGGCGCCGCGCUCCGCUCCCACCCCGCCCGCCUGCCGCGGCUUCUCCCCGCCCCUGCCCCCCGCCGGCUCCCGGCCCCGGACCCCGCGGCCGUCCGGCCCCCUCCCCCGGCGCCCCCGCCCCGCCCCGGCGCUGGCCGCGGUCCAGGGGAAAAAAUUCCACCCGGCCCGGGAGGCGGAGGCGGAGGCGGAGAGGAUGGUGGAGAAAGAAGAUGCUGAUGGCAGCGCGGACCCCGCGGCUGGGGAGCUGGGGACGCGGCGGGCGCGCGGCUGA